UUUGAAUAGCUGGCGGCUAACUUAUUAUUAUUAUUAUUUUUCUUUUCGGUCGAGUUAGCAUGAUGCUAAUUUCGUAAAAAGCGUAGUUUAGCGUACUUUAAUUUCUUUUUAAUUUUAUUGUACUUUAUUUAAAAAAAAACAGUUUUCUGAAAGUGCGAAUGAAACAUGAAGUAAAAUAAAUAAAUAAGUAAACUAACUAUUUAAUUAAUUAGCAUGUAGCUAAACAGAACGAAAUACUCUCAUGAGAGAAUUAUUAUGAGGAAAAAGACGCACUAUUUUGAGAGAAAUCUCAUCUUUAACCUCUUUUAAUGAUAGUACCAUUAAUAAUUUAAUGUUUAAUUAUAUAUAGUUAUAUAUAGUAUAAAUAUAUAGUUUAAGUGACUUUAACUGUUCAGUUCCACUAUAAUUCAUGAAGUAAAUUGAACAUUAUGGUGAAAUAGCAAUAUUUGGGGUUGUCUUUGAGUAGUUUGGAGUAAAAUAACACACUUGUGUUUAAAAAUUGUUUCUAUAUAACAGUUCGCAUGCAGUCUAAACUAGUGUAUACUGGUGAGUGUGUCCAGCUGAGGUCAAUAUAGGAGACAGUGUUUGAAAAGUAACCUGAGAUCUCAGUAAAGCUCUGUGAUUCUAAUAAUAACUGGCAUCAUGUGUUUGUACGGCGGCUGUUGACCCUCAGAGGGGGUGAGAGACCCUUGGUGAGACCCCUGGUGAAUUCUCAAUUCCCAUUGGUCAGGAAAGGCUCUUCAGCAGCUGUACUAUGAUCCGGAUAUGGCGCAGAAAAACUUGGCCCAAAAGUGGCUGGCAGAGGCUCAAGCGUCGCCGCAGGCGUGGCACUUCUGCUGGACACUGCUGAGUCCGGACAAGGUGCCCGAGAUCCAGUUUUUUGGUGCGAGCACACUGCACGGAAAGAUCUCCAACCACUGGCAUGACCUCAGUCCUGAGCUUCGUGAGUCUCUCCGCUCUCAGCUCGUCUCCCACGUGUGCCACUUCGCCCUCGGACCCAAGAUGGUGCUGACACGCCUCUGCGUAGCCCUGGGGUCUCUGAUCCUCCGCACGCUCCUCGACUCGUGGCCCAGCGCCGUCCCCGAUCUCCUGCAGGCUUUCCAGAGCGCAGAUGGCGCGGCUGAAGCGUCCGGUCAGCGUCUGGCCUUGUUAGAGGUGCUCACCGUAUUGCCCGAGGAACUCCUGAGCAGGAAGUUCACAUCAGGAAAUCGUUCCAGGCUUCAGGCUGCCCUGGCGCAGGAGUGGACCUUGUUGUGUCCAUUGCUGAGGGAGCUGCUGAGGUGUGAAAGCUCAGCAUGCGACGUGAAGGAGCGAGCUCUGCGCUGUCUGCCCUCCUGGCUUCCACUUGGCGUCGAUUUGGGACAGAGCGAAGGAGUGGUGCAGGACAGCUUGGAGCUGCUUAAAGUGCCUGAGCUUUUUGACACAGCUGUGGAGAGUGUCGUCGGUGCUCUCUCAGUACCUGACUGGCAGAGGUCUGCAGACAGUCUGGUGAAGUUGUUGCCCCAUGUGCUGGAGCUCCAGGAGCAGCUGAAGAGGGCAAUGCAGGACAGAGACAUUGAGACGUCUCAUGGAAUCUGCCGCGUUGUUGUCGCUCUCGGUGAAACUCACUGCAGAACAUUGCUAGAACAGAUCGGACACUGGCAGGCUUUCCAGGCCCUGGUCAGUAUGAUCCUGUCAUGCACUGCGGUUCCUGGUCACUACCCGGUGGAGGAAACUUCAAGCUCAUUCACCCUCACAUUCUGGUACACUCUGCAGGACGACAUCACGUCACUGGACUCGGAGAAGCAGACGUUCUACCUGCAGCUCUACAGACCCGUUUACUUCCAGCUGGUUGAUGUUCUGCUGCACAAGGCCCGCUUUCCCAACGAGCACGACUACGCCUCAUGGUCCUCUGACGACAAGGAACAAUUCAGAACAUACAGAGUCGAUAUCUCAGACACCCUGAUGUGUGUGUAUGAGCUGUUGGGCCCCGAACUGUUGCGCAAACUCUACGACAAACUCGGGGUGUUGCUGACCGACACAACACACUCACACUCCUCCCUGUGGCAGCGUCUUAUCUCAGUCUCUUUCUGUGUGGAGGAUAUAGAGGCUCUGCUGUUCGGUUUCCAGUCCAUCGCUGACACGGUGGACGUCAGUUACUCGGACGUGAUUCCUGGUCUGAUCGGCCUCGUCCCCCUCAUCUCCACGAACAGCGUUCAGCUCACAGAGACCGUCAUGUUCAUGCUAGGCUCACUGGCCGAGUGGUUGGCCGAUCACCCGGUCAUGGUGCCCACCGUCCUGCGCGUCGUCCUGCCCGCCCUGUCAGAUGCUGACCUCUCAGUGUCCUCCGUCUCCACACUGAAGAGAAUCUGCCGCGAGUGCAAGCAUCACCUUUACCCACACGCCAACGACAUCCUGGCAUCCUCACAGGAUGCACUCAUUAAGAGAAUCCACAAGAUCCCUCAGAGCACGUGGCUGAUGCAGGGUCUGGGAUUUUUACUCUCGGCCAUGCCGGACGAAGAGAUUCCGGAAAAAUUGCUCUCUCUGCUCUCGCCUCAUAUCCAGGAUCUGGAGCGACUGGCCAAUCAGACGCCCAAUCCUGCCACUAAACACUCCACUCUUCAGGUUCUGGGCCUGAUCUCCAGCCUCUUCUCCACUCUGGACUUGAGGACACACGCCGAAGGACCAGACGGGGUUAAAGGUCAUCGAUUUGCUGCUCACAGCAAUCCGGUUGUAGUCAUGCUACAGCAAGUGUUUCCGCUCAUCCAAACACUUCUGAGCAAUUGGCUGAAAGACACCGAUGUGGUGGAGGCCUCAUGUGCUGUUUUUGAGAAAUCUCUGAAGACCCUUGGUGGUGACUUUGCUCCUCUGGUACCUCAGCUUUGUGAGCUGAUCAGUCAGCUGUUCAGCACUUACCCACAAGCCUGUGCUUUGGAUCUCAUACAGCAGCUGCUUCACGUAUUUGCCUGUGAUAAGGAUCACGUCUCAUCGAUCGCCACGGCUCUGGAACUUGUCACGAACAUCACCAUGUCUGUUUUUCAGCACGGUGCGAGAGAUCAUCCUGACAUGGUCGAGUCCUUUAUGAAGCUUCAUGCACAGGUUCUGAAAAGGAAGCCGGAUCUGUAUCGCUCCGAGGGUCUGGAUAUCAGAGUGGUCUUCUACUGUGGGAUUUUAGCUUUUAAAUUUCCAGAGGUUCCCACUCUCAAGUCCACGUGUGUGCUGUUUACGGAGCUGAUGUCUCACUGCGAGGACGUCCCCGCUGUCCGAGAAGUGCUGCAGGAGGACGGCCUGCUGCUUCUUCAGACCCUACUGGAGGCUAUUGGUAUCCAGGCUCCCCGGGCCCUGCUGGAGCACCUGGCUGAGGUUCUGUUCUCCAUCAGUCUCCACUGUCCCAGCUUGCUCGUGACUCGGUUACGAGAUGCCCUGCAGCCUGACGCCUUCCCUUGCACCUUAAUCACUCCGGAGCACAAAGAGCGCUUCUGCCAGCAGAUCCUCAGGGAGCAAGUGAGUAAGUGGAAGAUGAGGGACCUUGUGAAGGAGUUUUCUCUGUUGUGUCGAGGUCUACAGGGAACAGAGGAGUACUGAUCGCCCAUCUGAACAUUUUAGACACUUGUGGGAUCAAAGAGACAGGACAAACCUGCAGUGGUCUGCAUUUGCCAUUUUUACAGACUUCCUGUAUCACAAGGUCAUAGUUUUCUGACUGAAAUUUUCAUAAUAUACUGUAUAGUGUUUUGAAGGUGUGUUUAAACGAGAACCGUGCACUUCUUCUUCAUCUUCUAAGUCACUGACAUCUUCCCAGGUUUGUCUCCUGGUGUGGAUGAUACUGAGUUUGCACUGAGGUGUUUCUGAAUUCUUCAUUCUGAUUGGUCAGAAGGUGUCGCUUCGGCUCUGACAGGUUUUUUCCGACGCAGGUGUGUGUUAAGGUGCUCAUUCUAAUACUUGUAUCGUUUCUAUGGUAACAAUUAAAUAACAGGUUCUUGUAUGAA